AUGGCCGCCGUCGUCGACGCCGUGUUUGGCUCGUACGACCUCAAGAACGCCAAGCAAUGGCGCGACGAAGACCUUUUGUACCGUGAACAGGAGAAACAGUGGCGAGAAGACGCGAUCCGACGCGAGUACGAGUGGCGGCGCGCGGAUCUGGUGCGGGAGCGGCGCGUGCUCAAGCUCGAGAACGAGAAGCGCAUCAUUGACGCGCGGCAUCGACAGCUCGUUUCCGUGUCGCAGAUGUCGGCGCUUCUGACGGGGUUUACCAUGUCCACGAUCGUGGAAGUCCAGAUCGCAGACGAGACGAGCGAGCCGGUGAUUGUCGCAUACGGAGCUGUCUGCUGCAUGGAGUUUAUUGUCAUGUUCACGUGUAUGUUGACAUGCACGGCGCUGUUGCUCGCUCUGACGCGGUUUGUGACGCACGCGCUGGAAGGCGAAGUGCACGCGCUGUCGUCCUUUGAGCUGGAUGUCGUGUCGCCGUUUUACGGCUGGUGGCUGCGCAAGUGCGAGCGCGAGUGGAUCAUGGCGUACCAUCUAUUCCGACUCGGGUUGUCCUUGUUCCUCACGCAGGUCGCGCUGCUGGGCUGGGCUGUCUUUGGCAAGUGGGUGGCCGUGGCGUCGUGCAUGACGGUGAUUUGCGUGCUAGCAUUCGCCUACUUGGAGCUGCGCGUGGCUAGUCGAUGGCGAUAUCUCGUGCAAUUCCCAGUACCACAGGUAACCGGAUCGCCCACAGCAAGAGGAAGAUCGAGCACAUUGUCGCCAUCUCAAGUUAGAUUGACACAUUAA